GCCCCCUGUGGUUUGUUUAUUCAGAGGCGAACGGAAGUGACACUCGUGUGCUCUUCCCAACCGCCAUUGCUGAAUUAUCCUUUCAUUGGGCCUAUUUCUUGGGCAUCCCUAAAUCGAAGUACUUCUCUACUUGUAGCACAAUGUCCGUAUCAAAUUCCUAUCAGUCAUCCACGAUCUCUAACCCCGCUAAACUCGACCAAAAGGGUCGUCUUGUUGCUUUAGCGCAACUCCAAGAGAUGUUCCGCCAUUCGCUUGAACCUGAAGUUGUUCAUCUUAUUCUCACAGAGAACGACUAUAAUGUGGAUAGUGCUCUUGACACCUUGUUUACACUGUCACAAGCAACACCUGGCAACAAGGCGUCAUCCCCAAGAGGAACUAAAAUGAAUAAAUUAGAUGACUACACUGAUUCUGUCUGCUUGAGAGGAAAUUCAAGGCCUUUGUCAAAACCUAUUCAUCAAGAGCAUGCUAUUGGUAGAAGUGCCAUACAAGUGCAGUCUGAUGGAGCAAAGCAGAGGCCAUUCAGUGGGGACAGUACCUUUUAUAAGAAAGGGAUUGAGUCAGGAAAAUCAAUAGAUGGAAUGAGUGGCCAUAUUAAUCCAAAGAGAACUGGUUCUGAUAUAGCAUUGAUAGAACAUAUAAAUGCUGAAAUUGAAUUAUCAGACCUAGAGAAAAAUGAACGUGAUUCAGCAAGCUUGGCUUUGUCUUUAGUAACCCAAACAGAGGCUGUUAUACCCAAUUGUGAGGUAGAUAUGGAAAGAAAGGGAUUUAAUAACCUGUUGAUACAACCUCAGAAAAAUGAUAAGGGUGAUAUACAGAAAGUGGAUAAUCUCAAUGUAACCAUUGAAGCACCUGUUACAAGUCGUGAGCUACAUACCACUACAAAAGUCACCAAAACCACUGUUAAAACUGUCUCUGGUCACUUGGCCAAUAUUCAAGGAUCAGCUAAUCAACUACCACCAUGGCCAGAUUCUCAACAAUAUCCACAGCUUGGCCCUAACUUACCAGUGCCUGCAGUAAAUCGCUUAGCCAAUUCUGUAUCUCAAAGACAGUUUUUUCCCCAACCAUAUAUGGACCCUGUAAUCUUUAACCAGGCAGGAAACAUACCAAGGCCGUGGCCUGGUCUUCCUGGCCCUAGCACAGGACGGUCUGCUGGGCCUUUAGAUUUUAAUAUAAGACCACGUUUGCCACCCCCACAGUUGGGGCAAUUUUGGGGUAGGGGGGUAUUUAUACCUAGGGGAGCUGCUUGUGGGUGGGCUGGUAACCAGGGUCCUUCUAUGGGUGGGGCAAGACCAAGAUGGCAGUCAGGCCAAGUGUUCCAGCCAUACCCUAGUUACCAUGGAAAUCCUGGACAACAUUCUCAGAAUCCAAAUCACAGCAAACUGUUGAUUUUAAUGAGGGGGCUUCCAGGUAGCGGCAAGACCUCUUUGGCUAAGCAACUACGAGCUAAUGGUGUUAUAUACUCAACUGAUGACUUCUUUGUCAAUAAUGGGAACUAUGAGUUUGACUUGAUGAAGCUCAGUGAUGCCCAUGAAUGGAACAAGAAAAGAGCUUUGAAAGCCAUGGAGGAAGGCAUUUCUCCUGUGAUCAUUGAUAACACUAACACUCAGUCCUGGGAAAUGAGACCAUAUGUGCUUAUGGCUCAAAGACUAGGCUAUAAAGUGAUUAUAAGAGAACCCAGUACACACUGGAAAUGGAAACCUAAACAGUUAUUUAAAAACAAUACUCAUGGGGUUGGUUUGGAUAAAAUUAAGUCAAUGUUAGAGAGAUAUGAACACAAUAUGACUAUAGAAAAAAUAUUAAAUGAGGAACAAGAGAAAAUGUCUGUGAGUCCUAAAGCAACCACGAAAGAAAACAAUGGUCAUAAUGCAAAUGCUGGUAUGGAAACUGAUAAGAACACCACAACUAAAAAAGGUCAGACUGACACUUUAACAAGAGAACAAAGUCAACAAGAACAGACACAGAAGCAGACAGACAGCAAAAGCAAGCCUUUAAACAUGUCUAGAAGGGAUCUUCAAAGACAAAUAAGUCCUCGUUCAAAUUAUCAAACCCACAUGGAUGGUAAAAAUACAAAGACAAAAAGCCCUAUUGCCAAGCAAUAUCCAAGAAAAGCGGCGAAUACAAGCAUAGCUGUUAUCAAUGAGAGGGAAAUGUCACACGGCAGCCGCUCUCCUGUGGAAGAGCUGGAAAAGUUAAUGCAGGCUUAUAGUCAACACAAGACGCCUGAGAUGUACGAGAAAAAGAGUACUGACAAGAAUAAGAAUCAGCCAAAACCACAGCGAGUUCAAAGGGAAAGGAGACGGUUAGCUGGUGGUGGGGAAACAGGGAGAGAUGGAAGUUUCACCGUUAAGCAUCCAGUGAUCAACGAAAGACAAGAUAAAGAGGACGACACCAAGCGUUCCGACAGUGAGAGUGGAGUUUGUUCUGGAGCUCUGAGCAGUGGAGACAAUGAUGGAGACAACGAGUCCAGCCCGAGACCAAAAGGACAGCGUCUUAGAAAGAAAAGGCUUUCCAAGGAACGGCGUAAAAGCGUAGACAUGGAACCUCAUAAAAGCAGUGCAUCUGCUGGGGUUCCUUCACCUUCAUCAGACUUCAAGGAAAGGAUUACGAAAGUGGAUGACCUCCCAUAUGACUCCACAAGUGCGUCCGAGCUAGAGGACUUUACUAACUUGAGCGAUAAGAAACAGCUGAGACAAGAUUUCUUCAAGAGCCCUGGCGAUCAGUCUAGAGUAGAAGAAUGUGAAGACACAGGCUGCUUGGAUAAUCUGAUAAUGAAGCAAGAUGCGGACGCACUUGACCUUGCUUACCUUCCGUGUAAUGCAAGAGAGGACGUAACAAUCUGUUCUGACAGUGUGGUGGUCAAGCGCGGCGGGGACACCUUUGCCAACACUAGCAUUCCAUUUAAAGUAGAAGAUGAUACAGGCUGUUCCGAUGAUGUGAUAAUCGAGUCAAAUGGAAACGUAUCCCCAGAUGUGUUGGUUGAGGAAGAUGGUUCAUCUGCGGAACGUCAUGAUGAUGAUGUUAAUGAUGAUGAUGAUGAUGAUGAUGCUGAUGAUGAUGAUGAUGCUUGCGAGCCUGUUACAGGGCAAAAUGAGACUUCUGACUGUGGAGAAGACGACUAUGAUUCUGACGUCAGUGGAAACAGUGGGAAUGAGUCAAACGAGGAUGUUUUAUGCCCUGAGAAGGCUUUACACCUUUCCGCUACACAUGGCCAUUAUUACGCAGCCUCACCUGAAGAACAAAAAACGCUGUCAACCUCAGACUCUGACUCAUGCUUAGGGACAGAAAGUGGUUCUGCAGGAAUGCGAAUUACCCGAGUUGAUUACAGCGCGGGGCUUGUGUCUUACGGAGACAGUUUCAACAAUGCUGACUCAGAGUCUGAUGAGAUACUCCAAGAGAAGUGCAAAGCACGAUAUCCCAUCGAGGGCGUCGCGCAAAUCAGAGCAGAAUCUUUAGCUAAAGAGGCCGAGGCUUUGCAAAAGAGUGAAUCACCCGAGGUUGAAUCGCAGGUCACAGGACUUGAAUUUCUUGAAACCUGCUUUACAAAUCUUCAUGGAGACACUAUUAAAAAGACCCUUGCUUUGUGCGAUGGUGAUGUCAACAGAGCAGUUCAAGAAUUACUCAAAAGCGAUGUUAAUUUACUCUCCAAUCCUGGCGCCGAAUCACUUGAUGACGCCUCAAACACCUCAGAUAAUGUGAAAGACUUCUCCUAUCAUGACAGUUGUGUCCCGGGGUUUCCUGAUAGCAGUCCGAUUCUCGGGCCACAAGUGCUGCCAACUUCCGUACUACAGAUCCCUAACAAGUUAGGCCAGGGAGAUGCAGUGCUUGUUGAAGAUGAGAAGCCUCCAGAAAGGGGUGACCAAGAGACAUUUCAAAUGACGUUGGAACCUGCUGUGGCAUUUCAUCUCGUCGAGAUGUUUGGCAGGAUGUCAGGGCUUGACUUAGAGGGCAACUUGGACAAGGAAGAUAUGAUUGUUGAUGUUGAUGCCAAGUUUGCCAAUCUUCUGUACAAUCAAUGGAAGAAAAGCGUGCAGGAAAGGAAAGGGAUCGUAUCUCGAAAGAAUAAAGGCACUACUCCAUCACGUGGUUCACCCUCUAGGCAUCACAGUCGCUCCCCAAGGGCGCGGCCUAGCCGAAAAGUGCCGCUCCAACUGCAUUCCCCAUCCGUUUUGGCUCGCGGAGCACAUUGCAAACCUGUGACUAACCUGAGAGAGAUUAUGGAUGAACAGAUGGCGCUUGAGCAGAGCCGAAAUGACCAGGAUCUGCGCGAUUCUGACGUUAACAUGGCAGUGGUUCUCAAACGACAAAAGCUGCACGCCAUGUUUCCAGGAGUCGACCCUCAGGCAUUGGAAGAACUUUUUCAAGCAAACAAGUACGAGCUGGCGCCCACGGUGGUCAUGGUGCAGACUUCCUGUAACCUUCAGCCGCGCCCUAUCCCUGUGGUCGACCCGGAGGAGGGUUCCGUUCAAGAGGACUGGAGCUGGCUCUGCGCUGAUGAAGACCCUCGUGGGCGCGAUAGAUACCAGGCGACCGAGGAGUCGGAGUAUGCGGACUUCCGCGCGGAAGCCGCCAUCCACUACCAGCUACGCGACGAGUGCUUUAAGAAAGCGGCCCUGGCAUUCUCCAAGAAGCAGGGCCAACUGGCGCAGUUCUACGCGUCACAGGGUCGUAUUCAUAGCGAAAAGAUCAAGCAAGCAAACGACCGGGCCGCUGCCCGGAUACUGGAAUACACGAAUACAGGCCAUGAUAAGUACAGUCUGGACCUUCACGGCUUGCACGUGACGGAGGCUUUGCGCGCCUUGAGUGAAAGACUUACCCACCAAGAAUCCUCUAAGAACCGUCCACGUUACAUAUCGGUGGUAACGGGUCGUGGGAAUCAUAGCAGAGGGGGCAAGGCGAAGAUCAAGCCGGCUGUGCUUGAGUACCUCAGACAGCAUGACUACAGACACGAGCAGCUGCAUCCUGGCCUGGUACGAGUCUACCUCAAGUGAACAAAACCGCUGAUCAGCCGAAGCAGAUGAGUGUAUUAGCAAUAAAUUCUUCAGGACACAAGAUUAAUAGUACCCUUGAGAAACAACUAAUAUAUCUCUAAAAUAAUAGAUACCGAAUUGUACAAAAUAAUUGAAAUCACUUUUAUCAUACUCUGUUGCUAUCGUAUUUAUUUUCUUUUUUUCUUUUAUUACAGAACAGUAUCCCCUAUUAUGUGAAAUCCGUUAGGAAAUUAUGCAUAAUUCCAAGAGAAUCUUUGUACCCAUAAUUUCUUGAAGUCGUAUUUAUUAAACAUUACACGGUGAUGGCUCGUA